UCUAUGAGAAACACUUGACUGUGUGGCCUUUUGUAAUAAAAGCAACACUUUCUUUUGCAUGGCUAAUUUUUAUUUUUGCAUUAGCCAGCAUGCAAGGAAGCAAGCUGGACCUUGACCAAGAUAUGGACAUGAGGAAUUCAAUACAGGAAAAUAACUCUCCAGUGCAUUUAAAAGUUGGUGUGCACUUUUGCAGCGGGCAUGAUAUCUAGAUUUUGCAAAUCCCAUGGCCAGCGUGGCUCUCAUCCUGAGAGUUAUGAAGAAAAAUAUGAGCGCCGACAGGAGAGGCAUGAAAUCCUACUUAGGAAGAAAAACUGGACCAUGUGCCGUCUCAUACAUAAACAGCAAAUCAAAGAGGACAAUAUGCUACUCCAAAGCCCACGACAAAAAGAAUUUCUCCGAAGAAGGAAUAUAACAAUUGAAGAGCUUGGAAGGACAGAAGUUCAGCCACUUUGUGACACAAAGGCAGCAGUUAUUGCUGAGAAAAGAAUGGGAGAUUCUCACAGGAGAGCAGUUUUGACAUAUAUCAGAUGUUCAUCUACCAGCCAGGAGUCAUGGAAUGACUGUAUCACUCAUCUUCAUCCCAAAUCUGUGCAGCCAGACUUCAGUGAUGGCAAAUUGUACUCCUCACCCGAAAACAUGCUUGCUGUGAAAGUUUCUGGAAACUGUAGAGGUACGCAAACCACAGUGGAAUCCAGUCCAAUAAAGAAAAACUCAGGCCAACAGACAGACCAUGGAACAGCAGUUUUAGAUAAGGAAAUUACUCAACUUUCUAACUACCUCAAGGAGGCACUACAUCGAGAGCUAUUGCUAAAUCAGAAAAUGGUGAUUUUACAGGAGCUUCUAGCCGUACUACUGCAAGCAGCAGAAAAAUCUUGGAAGGGUCAGUUAAAUGAAGACAAACUCAAGUGCAGACUGGAUACUUUGGAGAAUCAACUGCAGAUUUGCACUCAGAGUUAUUCAAAGAAGAGCUUAAAAUGGAUCGUCCUGGAGCUAGAAGAUCAAAAGCAGACCUAUGAGCAAAAAGUGAAAGAGUCUCUUCAGAAAUUACUUGAAGAGAAACUGCAAGCAGAAAGACAACUUGAGAAUGCUCAGAGAGCCUUAGCUAUUGCAGAGGAAGACCGUACCCUCUGGAAAGAAUACUGCAGUGCAUUAAAGCAAGACUGGAACCAGCUGAGUGACAAGCAUGUUGAACUAGAAAACAAGCUCUACAUCUUGGAAAACAAACUUCAGUGGUCAGACACCCAGAACUUCCAGCUGCAUCAAGCCCUGCAGACCUUGGAAAGUGAACGUGAAAGUCUGUAUUCAGAAAUUGAUAACCUGCAAGAAGACAACAGGCUCACAGUGCAGUGCCUCAGUGCUGUGGAAAGCAAACUACAAACUCAAGAAAAAGAGAGACUAAUGUUGGAAACCGCAAUUAAAGAUUUGCACAAACAGGGCAUCAUCACAAGGUGCACCCCAGUCUUCAGCUCAGCUGAGCCAAAGCAGAAUGUUCUGUCAAACAGUCACAAGAUGGGGACAGAGAGCAACCUGGAAGAUCAGCUACAAAAGAGAAAAAUCCUGCUCACUGCUAAGGAAAAAGAGUGCACAGAUCUCCACCAUGAACUAGAAAUCCUGAGUCAAGAGUAUCAAAGUUGCCUUGCCAAGUUACACCAAUGCCGAGAUAAUCUCAAUCAGUCUCACAUCAAACAGGACCAAGUUUCAUCUUUCUCUCAGAGAAGACAUGAUCAUUGGAUCUCUCUCCUAAUGGUAGUCAUAGCAGCAGCUUUUGUAACUUACUUAGUCAACUUUAUGCCUUGAAUUUACCUUCUGUGGAAUUUUGCUCAUGUUUCAUCAGGACAGUCUACAAUUAACUAUACUGUAGAAUUCAAUUAUUUUUGUACUGAAGUGUUUUUUAAUUUUCUAUAAAAUUUGGAACUGCAAGUUCUGCUAAA